AGGGAAAAUCAAAAGAAAACAAAAACAAAUUUCUAUGUAUUUAUAACUAGCAGUCUAGAACUUUCAAAUCUUUUGUAUCAUUUUCUAAAUAGAUUGACGGCUAGACGUCAAUGUCGCUAAGUCUAGGAAUAUUUCUGGCCUUAGCUCAAGACGUCAUGUCCGAUACUACAUGUGACCGCAACUGGUUUGGAACCAAAUGUGAGUUCGCAUGCCAUUGCUACUUGGGCACGUGCAACAGUGAAGGUCAGUGUUUGGACAGUAGUGAACUGUGCCAGGAUGGCUGGUUCGGUGAUUUGUGCCAGUACAAAGACGUCGCUCACGUAGCAACAGUGGACGCCCAGUUUGUCAACGACAACAACCCGAGCACGUGCGUCGACCUCAACUCCGUGAGGAUCAAGCUGAACGUGCCCUUGUUCUUCACGUUCUUGGCCAUCGUCUUGAACUUCAACAAACAAAUCACCAUUUUCAAAGUGAACUUUGUAUUAAGCGACUCUGGGAAGGCGCCUUGCCAGGACAUGAAGAAUACUACUUCGGGGGAGACCAUAGUCGUGACAUGUAACAACACACAGCUCGUCCGAGAGGUCAUUAUUGACUGGACCGAGAAACGGUCCAUUUGUUCCAUCUACGUGAAUGGAGGUCGAAACUUGGCUCUGAAGCAAAAAACACGCACAUCAUCAAUUCAUCGACCUGACCACGCGAUCAGUCGACCGCAGACAGCUGUGGAUGGGUCAAAGUCUCGAUCGGAGAAAGACAACUCUAGCUGCGCCAUGACGUCAUCCCAAGACCCGAGACCGUCAUGGACCCUUACGUUUGACGAGCCUUAUGUUAUCAAGUUAGUUGUCAUUACAAACAUUAAGGACCACUGGAAACAAAUGAGAGGUUUUAAAGUCGACUUCUUUAACGAGUUUCAACAAAACAUCUUCAAGUAUAUAGACGAUCCCAAUUCCAGGAUCGAUACCGAUGAACUCAUCAUCCAAGUCAACGUUACAGAUGACCUCAUUAAAAAAAUAAACAUAUCGAUACCAUCGAAAACGAGACCAGAGCAAGCACUGUACAUCUGUGAGUUUGAGGCUUUUGGGGAUUGCGUUUUCCCAAGCUUUGGUCUACAGUGUGAGGAUAUUUGUAACUAUCACUGUAAGGACCUGGCCUGUCAUGUGACUGGGGAGUGCUUUAGCUGUGACGAAGGAUUCACAGGUGUUUACUGCGAACAAGACUUAAGCCCGUCGACGUCAGGGCCCUCCACGCUGAUGCUGGACGAGACUUACACCGAUGCGCCGUACAAGCUGCUCGUCAACAACAACAUCAACAAGCUGCUGACCAUCCUUUUUGCGGUGUUUGCGGUGGUCAUCCUGCUGGAGGUGACUGGCCUGGCCCACUUGCGCUUUAAGUCAAGGAGAGAUUCGGGGACUUUGACAUCAGAUGAGCGUCUACUGCGAGGGCACCAACUCAUGGAGCUGACGCCUCAAGAUUCCCCAUCCCUCUCUUCUGGACUCCCCCCUGUCCCCUUCCCUUCGAUGGUCAACAGUAGACACACCAUUUCGUCCUAGAGGGAACCUACUCAGUAUUGCACGCCCGACACAAACGUACGCACAAAGAUUAUGUAACUAAAAUGCAAUUUUAAUAAACCAAUUUAUAUUUAUGCAUUAUUUAUAGAAGAUGUUAUGACUUUCUACUUACGUAUUUGGCACUGUGCGGAAGAUAAAAUAAAGCAAAAUAGACUGGAAUGUACUGGUCUCAUUCAUUCGCGAUACCUCCGCUGUAAUCGUCUAAAAUAGAGUAACAUAAAAGGUAUGUGAUAUUUUGAUAUGUAUCAGGAUAUUCAUAUCAAAAGUGAAUUCGCGUUAUCAAUUCUCGAAAAUCAGUUACAACGGUACUUUCAAAUCAAUUACAAUGGAACUUUCAAAUCAGUUACAAUGGUGCUCUCUAAGAUUACUAAGUAUUCCGAAAUACUUCAUUGUCAUUUGGCAUCUCAUGGAAUAAGAUAGUAUUUUUAAAUUUCUAGAAUUUUUACAUUACAAUUUCUUAGUUACUCUAUUAAGCAUAAAAUUAGUCGUAGAGUUUAUAUUUUAAUUUUGUGUUGCUUAAAUUGCUGACUUCCUCAAGGCUAAGAUGUAAUUGUGUUUAACUGUUUGGUUUUGUACAUAUUGCUGUUAUCAUUAUGAUAUGUUUGACAUACUCGUGUUUAUGCUUACUUUCUCACGCAUUAAAAUGUUUAACAUA